CCUAAAUCAGCAGAGGAAAUCCUUCAAAUGUUGGAUUAUGGAAAUAAAAAUAGAACACAGCACCCCACAGAUGUAAAUGCCUCCUCUUCCCGGUCCCAUGCUGUCUUUCAGAUAUAUCUAAGGCAGCAAGAUAAAACAGCUAGUAUUAAUCAAGAUGUUCGCAUCGCCAAAAUGUCUCUCAUUGACCUGGCUGGAUCUGAACGUGCCAGCGUGACAAACGCCAAGGGAGCUCGUUUUAGAGAAGGAACAAAUAUUAACCGCUCCCUGCUAGCUCUCGGAAAUGUCAUUAAUGCCUUGUCAGAUCCAAAGAGCAAGAAGCAGCAUAUUCCUUAUCGAAACAGCAAGCUUACGCGUUUAUUGAAAGAUUCUCUUGGAGGAAAUUGCCGAACAAUAAUGAUAGCUGCUGUUAGUCCAUCUUCUAUGUUCUAUGAUGAUACAUAUAAUACUCUUAAGUAUGCAAACCGAGCAAAGGAUAUCAAGUCUUCUUUGAAGAGCAACGUUGUUAGUCUUGACAGUCAUAUAAGCCAGUAUGUUAAAAUUUGUGAUGAACAAAAGAAAGAGAUCCUAAUGUUGAAACAGAAACUGAGAGCAUACGAAGAAAAGGAAGCAGUACUUUCAAACAACCAGCAAGUGGAAAUAGAGAGAUAUAAAGAAAUCCUUAAAAAUGUGUUUGCAAACCGUGAGGCAAUCAGGAAAGAAUACCUCAAGUUAGAAAUGCGACUGAAAGAAAACGCACUGAAGGAAUACUACCAGAAACAAUGUCAUGAACAAAUUCAACUGAUAUGCUCUGAAGAAAGAGUAGAGAAGGCCACUUGCAAGCGGGAUCAAAGGCUUGCAAUGCUUAGAACCCACCACAUACAUAUGCAAAAGAAGAAAGAAGAGGAGGUCAAACACUUUGAGGAAAAUACCAGUUGGCUGCAUCGUGUUGAAAAUGAAAUGCGCCUUCUGGGUCAAGAUGGGUGUAUUCCAAAGGAACUCUGUAAAGAUCUGCAGUGUUGCCAUUUAAAUCUAGAAGUUAAGGACCUGAAAGCCCAGAUUGAUCACAUGUUAUCUCUGGUGGCCCUUCAAGAUCAGUAUUAUAAGCAGACAGAAAAAGUACUGAAUACUUUGCUUCCAGUUCUUCGCAAGCAAUACCUGACUUUGAAAGAAGCUGGGUUGACAAAUGAUUUAACUGAGACUGAAUUUGAGGAGAUUGAGCAGCUGAUUCAAAGACAAAAGUCGGUAGUAUGGGCUGACCAGACUGAAGAAAAGGAACAAAAUCAAAACCAUGAACUAGAGUUACCAGCUGUCUUUGAAUUCCCACAACUUGUGAGCAGACCAACCACCCCUUGCUGUAUGACUUUUGGUACCCCAUCACAAGAAAUGAAUAAAAAUAAACCACAAAUAGUAGAAUGUGAAGUACUGCCACAGAAGAAAACUAGACGGAAGCUAAUGAACUCUCCAGUCACAGCUCAAAGUCCUGUUGCAUCCACACAGUCCAGUCUCGAUCAUCUGGAGGAUUCUCUUACAAAAGAUGUCCGCCCUAUUGUGUAUACACCAGAAUUUUGCCGAAAGCCAGUACAAAGCUGCUGUACAGAGACUGUAGUAAAGAUAACUUCACAGCCUGCAGGCCUUCAGGAAGCCAAUGCAUUUGAUAUAGACAUGCCAGUGAAAAAGCUGAGUAUUAUGGACUCUGCACUCCGGGAUAACAUCACAUGUAAUGAAGCUCAUAUGGACUCAACAGUAAUUCUCUAUGAAGGGACAGGUGACACAACUGAAAUACCUAGCAAUUCACCUGUGAAGGUUUCACAGCCAUGCAGCAAUAGUCUUCCGCAAAGACUUGAUCUCUCCUCCUUAAGAAACAAAAAUCCUACUUCAGUACUUGAGAAGCCCUCAUAUAUGGCGAUGACUUCUGCUGCUGAGAGAAAAAGAAAGGUGUUAAGUUCUACAUCAAACACUGGAUUAGGCAGCCUGCAAGACCCUGUUUCUGCAAAACGCAUUCGACGAGAAGUCUUGUUAAGCCACAGAGCUUUGCGAGUACCCAAAAUUGCAGGAAUUAAAACAAGGAAUUGGAAGACAGAACAGGAUGUGCCAAGAAACCUACUUGGAAGCCUUUCUGAAAGAAAUGCAGCAUUGGGUGUUAAAUCAAGGACAUCAAAAAAAUCUUUUCAAGACAACAAGCUGUCUCCUAAAGAGAGCAGUGUCCAUCAUGUGGCAGCAGGAGAUUGCAUGAACAUUUGA